CACGUUGUACCUUUCUCUACCCCAAGACUCAAAAGCCGCAGCAUAUAAAGCAAGAUACAAAAUUUGGAUGGAAGAAAAAGAAGGGCACGCCACAACAAAGUAGAAUGUAACACCAAAGACAACACCACCACCACACAAAACGCAGUAGAUAAACUAAAGGAGGAAAAGUUACUGGAAACACACAAAUCUCUUUUUUGCUUUCCGAAAAGAAAAGGAAAAAGAAAAAGAAAGAGAAGCAAGAAACCCCACACAUUUGUUGCAGGCUCCUUUUUCAGUACACAACACACGCAUACGCAGAACACACUUUUCCUUUUCCUUUUCUCUUUUUCUUUUUCUUUUUCUCUCGCUAAUGUUAAUUGUUCUGCAUAUAUUCUCUAUUCCCCACAUUCAAAAAAGCAGAGACACGGGCCAGGGGAGAUAUAAACAAAAGCGAUUCUAAAAGUAAUCAAUUAAAGUGAACAAUGGUUUGAAUACAGAUACCAAACCAAACUCACUCUGUGAAAAUGUGUAGAGAGAAAGAGAAACAUAUUUCUAAGAACCACCUCAUGAUUUUUAUGAAUCAAAUGUGAGUCGCACACACAAAACUUCCAACAUGAUCGUGUCUCACUUCUGUUUAUCUCGUCUCCUUCUUCUUGCAUUUUUCUUCUCUUUGCCCGUAUUUUCGUUUGUGUUCGGAAAUCCUGAAGCUCUUAUUGCUUUAAAACAAGGGUUGAAUGAUCCUCAUGGAGCUUUGAGCAACUGGGAUGAAGACUCUGCAGAUCCUUGUAGCUGGUCUAUGAUCACUUGCAAUUCUGACAGUCUUGUUACUUCCCUGGGAGCUCCUAGUCAGGGUUUAUCAGGUUCUUUGUCUUGGAUGAUUGCUAACCUUACCAACCUCAAACAAGUAUUGCUACAAAAUAAUAAUAUUUCUGGGCACAUCCCCAAAGAAUUGGGUUAUCUUCCAAACCUUCAGACAUUAGAUAUCUCUAACAACAAGUUGUCUGGCCAUGUCCCUGAGUCCUUGGGGUUCUUGAAGCGCCUUCAGUAUCUGAGGUUAAACAAUAAUAGCUUGAGUGGAGUUGUUCCUCUGUCUUUAGCCACUCUACCUCAACUUACUUUCUUGGAUUUGUCCUACAACAAUCUCAAUGGACCUGUUCCCACUUUUCCCACCAAAACAUUUAAGUAUGUCUAUCUCAAUAUUGUCAUCUUAGCUUUGCAGGAAAUUUGUUUUGCUUUGUUCAAAGAAGACAAUCAUGUCAUUAUGGGGAACCCUCUUAUUUGUGGACAACACUCUAAUGAAAGAUGUUCUGGAAUAAACACAGCUAGUCCUCUGGCUUUCUCCUUAAAUCCAUCUUCUCACAGAACAAACUCCAAGAAACUAGCCGUUGCACUCGGAGUCUGCCUCAGUUUCAUCAUCAUUUUAGUCAUACUCUUAGGAUACCUCUUUUGGCGAAAAACCAGAAAAAUCAAGCAAUCCAUUCUUAACAGCACUGAUGUCGAAGAAGAGGACCUCGGCCUUGGCAGACUCGGAAACCUUAAAACCUUCACUUUCAAGGAACUCCAACAAGCCACGGACAACUUCAGCCCGAAAAACAUACUCGGGUCAGGAGGAUUUGGCAAUGUUUAUCGAGGAAAAUUGCCAGAUGGCACUUUUGUAGCCGUAAAAAGGCUAAAGGACUUGACAGGUACCACAGGAGAGUCUCAGUUCAGAACCGAACUAGAGAUGAUCAGUUUAGCUGUACAUAGGAAUUUGCUUCGUGUAAUCGGCUUUUGUGCAACUCCUAAUGAGAGGCUUCUUGUCUAUCCUUACAUGGCUAAUGGGAGUGUGGCCUCAAGACUCAAAGGAAAACCGAGUCUUGAUUGGCAAACAAGGAAGCGAAUAGCGAUUGGUGCUGCAAGGGGACUUCUGUAUCUGCACGAACAAUGUGACCCGAAAAUAAUCCAUAGAGAUGUUAAGGCGGCCAAUGUUUUGCUUGAUGAGUUUUUAGAGGCUAUUGUUGGUGAUUUUGGGCUCGCGAAGCUAUUGGACCACGCGGAUUCCCAUGUGACCACCGCCGUCCGUGGUACUGUGGGCCACAUUGCGCCGGAAUAUCUCUCCACCGGACAGUCGUCCGAAAAGACUGACGUUUUUGGAUUUGGGAUUCUGUUAUUGGAACUUAUAACUGGAAUGAGGGCGCUCGAGUUGGGGAAGGCGGUCAACCAGAAAGGAGCUGUGUUCGAAUGGGUAAAGAAGAUACAACAAGAGAAGAAAAUCGAAGUAAUUGUGGAUCGAGAGUUGGGAAUGAAUUACGACGAGAUUGAUGUUAGUGAGAUGCUGCAAGUAGCUAUACUCUGCACCCAAUACCUCCCGGCCCAUCGGCCCAAAAUGUGUGAGGUUGUGAGAAUGUUGGAGGGAGAUGGGCUUGCCGAGAAAUGGGCCGCAUCCCAUAAUUACAUUAAUGCCCCGGCAAAAUUCUCGUGUAAUAGUGAUAGAUCGCGCUCGAGUGAGGGCGAUGGGUCAACCAUGUUUGGCUUUGGCAUGACCAUGGAUGAUGAUUAUGAUGCACAUUGCAUGGAGCUUUCGGGUCCAAGAUGAUAUCAUAAUCUCUCUAUGAAGGAAAAAUAGGUCAAGAAGUUGAAGCUAAAAACUCACUUCUUUUUUAGUUAUUAAAGGGAAAUUAUUUGAAUUUGGUUUGUGUUUCAGAUACAUGUGAGUGAAAAUAGGGUGUCUUGGAUGUCGUCUUCUAGUCUUGUAUACAUAUCUUUCAUUUUAUUUUAUUAGUAAAGUGUAUGUGCAAUGCACUUGGUGUGGCGAAUGUUUCUGGUCGAGUAAGUUUAGUAAGAUAAAUGAAUUAAUUUAUUA